AUGCAGGCGUCGAUAAAUCUACUGACGAUGGGUUUGUACCUACUGUGCCUCGUCGAUCCUCUUCGAAGCGACCCUCAACAAACCUACUGGACCAAUUACGACCCGUACAAUCCCAUAGAUCAUCGAUCGCUUCCGUUAGAACCAGUCGAAAUAUUCUCCGAACAGUACUCUUCAAACCUGAGAAGUCUACCUCCGCAUGAAACACAAAUCGAAGAGAAACCUCAAAUAAUCCACGCACCGAAUCAUUUUCAAGCUUCUUCGAGUUCCUUGAGCUAUCCCGUAAGAACACCCUCGACGAAUUAUCGCAGGUACCACGAUUUGGUGCCGCGUGAUUACGCCGAAGCGUCGAAGAAAGACAGAAUAACCAUCGGGGACAAUUUGAACGAAGAAGAAAUUACGAAGAAGAUGAGGAUCCUCGACAACGUUUUAUCGGAGGACUCGAAUCGGAAAGAUUACCUCGAUACGAAUGGAAUAGAAGAUAAGAUCAUUCCCGAGGAGUCGAGGAGGGUAGCCAGGCAAGUUAGGAAGCAGAAGCCAGGAUUCUUCUGGACUCUGGCCAGAAUCACGUUCGAAACGAUCAACGACACGAGGUCAGCGAUAAAACAGAUCAGUACCAUCAUUAACAAUAGUAUUGCUCCAGAUUCGGCGACUCAGAGCACGAUGACGAGCGGAGCUUUGACGUCGAUAGACUCGACGAGUUCUGGAACGAAUAUGACCACAGUGAACGCGACGGAAACGACAACGACGUCGCCUAUGAGAACCACAGAGGCGCCUUACGUCCUCACGAGAACCACGCUGCAGAGUUUGAUUAGGAGAAAUGUCCUUGGACUCGUGAAACUCUUCAAUCUUGAAUGGAAAGAGGCGUUGAAUCAAUCAGACAUUACGGUGAAAGAGUUCCAAAAGGAUCUAGGAAACCAAGUAGGAAUCUAUCUGAAAGACAACCCAGAUGCAUACUGA